AUGUCUUCCUCGCAACCCUCCAGGCUCUACGUCAAGGGCAAGCAUGUGAGCUACGUCCGUGGCAAGCGCAACACCAACCCCAACACCAGCAUCCUCAAGCUGGAGGGCGUCCAGACCACCGAGGAGGCCAACUUCUACUGUGGCAAGAAGGUCGCCUUCGUCUACCGCUCCAACAAGGACAUCCGUGGCUCUAAGAUCAGGGCCAUCUGGGGCACCGUCACCCGCCCGCACGGCAACUCCGGUGCCGUCCGCGCGCAGUUCAGGUCCAACCUGCCCCCCAAGUCCUUCGGCGCCAGCGUCCGCGUCAUGCUCUACCCCUCCAACCUCUAA